AUGGUGAAAUUUGCAUGUCUGAUCGAACUAGUGGUUUCUCAGUUGUUUCAGGCUAUCAGUGAUGACUCGAUGCUAGCUUGUAUCCAUGAUUCUGCGCGACCUCUUGUCCUCGGCCAUGACAACCAGAGGGUGGACGCCUGGGUACAUGGAGCUGCCGUUCUUGGAGUACGUGUUAAGGCCACUAUCAAAGAGGCAGGAAGCGAUCACUUCGUCAAAAAGACAUUAGUAGCUUUUGCAAGAGAACGACUGGGAACAACUCCACGCGCUGGGAGGGCUCUUUGUGUGCUUGUGCUGGCAAACACGCCGUUUCCUAUUUGUAUUGCCAAAUGGGUGUUUACGUUUAAAACAAUAAAAAUGACAUGUCUUUUUAUUGUUUUAAAUUGCAGGAAAGAAAACUCAAGCUGGUCAGGUAAUCCGACAAUAUAUAUAUAUAAUCGUCGCUUUACAGUUAGUUUACAGCUCUACUUGACUGUGGCUCGCCCAUUAACUCGAUCGUUGGCAGCCGUCGGAUCGCCCGUUAAGGCCGUUCCCUGGGCACGGGCUCGCUCGUUCCCUCCAGAACGCGCUCGCCCUCCUUGA